GUAUGGCGCCCUUCUCCAAAGCCAGGAGCUCAACCACUUCGAGGCGCUGCGCUCAGCCGACUUUGAGGUGAACUACUGGCUGAGUUAUUAUGCGGCUCAACGCAUGGCGGCGGCUGAGCAGGCGGCCAACCCCCGGCGCUUACCCGCCCGUGUUAAGAACCGCCGACUGGCGGCCAUGCGGCGGCUGGCCGCGCAGGGGGAGUACUUCAGCGAUGACGCGAUGCGGCACCGCGCACCGCUGCUGUACUAUCAACAGAUUGGCCGGUUCGACGAGGAGGAGCAGCAGGAACUGGAGCAGCAGCGCCGUGAGGCAGCAGCUGCAGCUGCUGCGGCGACGGAGGGGGGAAUGAUGGAGGAGGAGGAAGAGGAGGAAGAGGAGGAGGGCGAGGAGCUAGGGAAAGCGGAGCAGGCGGCUUCAACUGCCAUGGCGGCAGGGGGCGAUCUAAAUUCGGUAGCGGCGGAAGAAGCGGGGGGAGGCCUGGGCGGUCGCUGCCUGGCGGCUGCCCUGCAGCGAGCUCUGGUGACCUGCGUGGAUCUGCGGGAGCCUGGGGGUGCGGAACGCGGCCAUGCGGCCACAUCGGGCAGAGCCAUCCCGGGUGGCUGCGCGGCUGAUACGACGACAUCGCGACGACUUGCAACGGAGGCGGCUGCGGCGGCAGAGGGGCUAUUAUACCGGGGGAGUCGAGGCGUGGGCGCGUCCAGAGGACGGGGGGAGGUUCAUGGCGGUGAUGAGAUGGAGGUGGGGGGGGAGGAGGCGUUGCCCGGGUGCAGGGGCGCAGCGAGUGCCCGUACGGGAGCUGUUAUGAGGGGUGCUGGCGGCGGCGGUGGCGGCGGCAGUCGCCGUCAGGGAGCCGCUGCCGCCGCUGCUAGCGCCGGUCCCGCCGCCGCCGCCGCCGCCGCCGCCGCGGCGGCGCGCAAUAGCAGCACCUUGUUGUUCAGCGAAUUUUUGAUGCGACAAGACGAUGAGGCGCAGCUGGUCAUGCGGCGUUUGCAGGAGCAGCAGGAAGAGGACGAGCAGAUGUCCGAGCACGAAAGCGACGAGGAGGAGGAUCGUUCAGCGGAGUCGGAGGAGGACGAUCAAGACGGUGGCGGUGACGACAUGGGAGAUGGGAAGGGUGGGGGAGAUCGUGCGCAAAUGCGUCGCGACUUUUUGUCGGAGAUGCAAAGUCGCUUUCUGUUUGGCCAGGACGGGGAAUAUGUGGAUUAUGAGACCAUUGACAAGGACGCGUCUCUGGAUGGGGACUGGCUGGCGGAAGAGGCGCGGGACGCGGAGGAAAAGUAUUUUGAUGAGGACUGA